AUGAAUCAGUCUAUUUCGUCGUUGAUUAAGCUUAAAUUCCUUCAAUCACACAGUAAUGAUAAAAGUAGCAACAAAAAGGGCGGAAACAGUAUUCUAGCUGACACAGAUAAGAUAAGAGAGCAUGAAAGUUAUAGGAGCCCUUUUAUUCAACUCGCAGGAAUACAGGAACACAUUAAUAAUGAUGACGAUAAAUCUAACCUAAAGGAAUGCGAGCCCACAAAGAAACACAGCAAACUAAGCAGGAUACGGCGCAAGAUGGGUAGAUUAGAUUUAAACUUCAGGUCAAGCAGUGAAAAAGGCUCUGAAGAUGAUGACAUUGUGGUUGUACAACAACUCGGUGAUGGACAAGAUUCUGAAGAAAGGUCUUUCAAAUCAGAGAAGAAUGUAGACUCGAUAGAGAAAGUACCCAAGCACAAUCUCGAGAGGACCACACUUGUUAACUUUGGGCCUGAUAACAUAAAGAGAAACUCAAAACACACCUCUCUUAUUCCUGUGAAAUCUGCCAUGGAAAAGUUUCCUACUUCUAAUAGAUUGUCAAGAGAUUACAGAAAGUCACAAGAGCACUCCUUGUUUAAUGGUGAAAAAUUAACCCCUACGCUUCCUAUGGUGAGCAGAAUAUCAACAUCGUCUUCUGUCGGUUCGUCUACUGCGGCUUCGAGAUACUUCAACCCGUCCAAAAGAACUGUUGUUGCAUCAUCAUCGUCAUCAUCAUCGUCAAUAAAAUUCAAUUCCUUACAUGCCAUACCAAUUGAUGCAACUCCUCAAAUUGAACUAGCAAAGCAGCAAGAUGAGAUAUCUAAAAGGAGGUUCGGAAGAAGGCGCAGUAGAACCGUUGAUGUGUUUGACUAUAUUAAUAAGAACAAUACGGCUAUGAACAAGGCACCACUAUCUCCACCUUCGUUUAUUGGGAAUAUUGACGAGAAAAAUGCAAAUUCAGUCAUGCAAGACACCAUGAGAUCUCGCGGACUACUUUUGCCCGAUGACAGCAAUAUUAUAAGCAAUGAUACAAAUGGAGUGGAAACACAUCAUUCAGAUCAUCAGAUUUUAUCGAGAUCCAGAUCUCAAAGUACAUCUUUUGUUCAAAGCAAAGGCGGUAAGAGAAAAUCUAUCGAAGAUGAAAGCUACCAUAACAAAUUGGGCUUACCUCAUGCAUCAGGCCCCACUUCAGUUUACAACAAUAAAAGCAAUGCUAAUUCAACUAUUACCGGAAUGUCAAGAAGAAGCAGCUCCAUUGUAAACGCCUUAAGUAGUUUCGUUAAUCUUCGCUCCUCCAGUUUAUCAUCUUCUAAACAACAGCACCUUCAGCAACAACAGCAGCUACAGCAAAAACUGGAUGUCUCGUUGGAUGAUCUACCACCAGUUCCUGCUCCUGAAUUUAGUGAUUCUUGCAAAGAUUUCUUGGUCAAAUUAGCCCCAUAUGGAAAGUUCAUUGGGGUCAUUUUAACGGAAAAGGAAGAUGAGUUCAAAAAAAAUUGUUUAGAUUACCUGUUAACGAACUGCUUUGAAUUCAAAAAUGAUCCUUUAGACAUUGCCCUGAGGAAACUACUUAUGUUCUUAGAGCUACCAAAGGAGUCACAACAAAUUGAUAGGUUGAUAAUGGCGUUUAGCGUUGCAUACCAUAAGGCGCAGAAGAGCUAUUGUAAAAAAAAGGGAAUUGAGUGCUCCUGGUCUAAUGCAGACCAGGUGUAUUUUAUUGCAUUUUCCUUACUGAUGCUGCAUACAGAUUACUUCAACCCUAACAAUAAGUGCAAAAUGACAAAGCAUGAUUUUGUCGAUUUAGUUCAUAAUGACAAAUACUCAGGCGGAAGUGAGAUCCUUAUAGCUGUUUUGACAUAUUUUUAUGAGAAUGUGACGGCCAAAGAGUCGCCCAAAUUCAAUUAUUUUAUGAUGUCACCGAUGGCUUUAGACGAUAGCAUCUUUGAUAAAGAUGCAUUUGACACAAAUUUUGCUCUCACGUUAUCAUCGAAUUCGAUGUAUUCUCCCAUAGAAAUGAUAAAAAGAGGUAGCAUAUUAUCCAAGGAAGCUUCCCUUUCACCAACCCUCUAUCCGUUAGCAAAUUCGAUUAGUGCAUCUGGUAUUGCUCCAUCUACAACAGUUUCGUCAGGUCCGCCUAAUACACCUGGUACUAUAAACGGGACCAACCUUGGACCCACCAAUAACAAUAGCAAUAGACCGGCCUCUAACUCAAUAUCGUCUUAUUUUUCAUACAACCCAAGCUCCAGUUCCAGCGGAAAUGCCACACUGGUUCAAGAUGACAUUAACAUUUAUUCGCAUAUUAUAAAUGACACUCUAAAUGAAGUAAAUUUAUCUUCGGAGGUCUCAAAGUAUUGGAAUAAAAAUGCCCUGAAGGCCGAUUUGUUGAGAAAGGAAGAACAUAAAUACGAAAAAUAUUAUAGCAUUAUGAAUGAUACUAAAGGUGGAUAUUUACGCUUUCACAAAAGUCAAUUGAAUAAACUGAAUUUACCCAAUUUUGAAAUAUUGAAUGAUAAUAGCCUGUCUGGUUGCAAGAAUUCUGAUUACAAGUAUUGCAAAAUUCUCCAAAUGGGAGGAAUAAUGAACUUAGGCAUGCCCAGUAGAAAAUUUUCUAUUGUGAAUUCCGGUAAGAUUCAUUGGAAAAAGGAAUUUGCUAUAUUAACAUCAUUUGGGCUUUUAAUCUGCGAUAAAAUGGACUGGAUAAAUCCGCAGAUGAUGAAGGAUCCAAAAUCAGGAACUACAAACUAUAUAAUUGAUUUUAAAUCUGGAUUUUCUUUUGUUCCGGGAAGUACGAUUGACGUCUACAACGGUUUGUUCGCUGAUAGUGAACGAGAUUCACUUGGGAAGUCGCAUUUCGCAAGUUUGGUGCUUGCGUAUACAGAGCAUCAUUCCACCGGGAGCCAUACAAGCAAUACGGCGGUAACAAGUGGUCCCGCCAGACAGAGUGAAGGAGUCUUUGAAACAUCUUCAGAUGAAGAGGAAAUCAACACGAGUUUCACUGAUGGUACCAGCAGUGUGAGCAACAGCGUGAGCAACAGCGAUAGUGGAACAGGUAGUGUUUCCAGUUCAGAUAAUCAAUUGAGUUCGAAUGACGGUAAUAAUAAGGAGGACCGUUCCGUGAAGGACGAGUUUCCGAUUUUCGAGGACGAAAAUGCCGACUGUCUAUUGUACUUACAUACAUGCCAUCGAAAUUUUAUCUGGAAAUGUGCUAAUACGUAUGAAAGGGACAACUGGAUCGAUUCUAUUAACUUGUUUUCAGCAUACGACGGAUGCUAUGUGGAAAUUGGUAGCAUAGCAAACACCAUUUGUAAUAAGAGAAAGCUUACCGUUUUGCAGAGGAUGGGAAGACUAAGGUCUAUAAAAUCAGCCAAGUGGGAGAAAUUGAAAACAUUCGAAAGCACACUGAUGUUAAUGGGGAAAUGUGUGCCUAUUAGCACGAAGACUAGGACGGAUAUGAUAAACCGCAUAAGACAGCUGGCUGUCAGAAUGGAUUGGUUAAUCUACGAAAUUAAGAGAAACGAGCUGUUUGUAAGUAUUAUAAAGGAAGUGACUCGCAAGCAGGCUGGGAAGAAUAUUUUACAGGAUGAGAAAGGAGAAGAAGAGGGUCGAGGUAAGAAUGACGAUAGUGACGGUAUUGAUGAUAUAGAGGAAAGCUUCUUAUUCAACGAAGACAGUUUACAAGAGUGUGUGAGCGACAGUGGUCACGACGAGUAUAGUAACGAAUAG